AUGCAUCAACAAGAAUCAACGAAUUUUGCAAAUCCGAGCAGCCAAUUGCCAUCAUCGGUAGUAUCAUCCUUAUCAUCAUCAUCGGAGGAAGAAGCAAUUGUUUCGAGCCAUUGUCAACAUCAUCAGCAUAAUUGCGAUCAAGAAAGUUUGAUAGAUAGGGAUGAGACACCAAGAUUUGAUAAUUUUUAUAUUCCUAUUGGUAAAGGAGAAGAUGUUGAGGCGGAGGAAGAAUUAAUUCAAUUCAAGAUUGCUCAACUUAUGAUCAAGGCAUUCCCUGAACAUUUUGUACAAUUAGCAGAAACAAAUAAUGAACAACAACAACAAAUUGGAAGAAUUGAAAAACAAUUGAAUAUUACAAUCAAGAAAAGUUCAAUCAUUCCAGGAGAAGAGGCUAUUGUAGAAUCUUCAGAAUCAAUGGAGAGAGUUAUAUCAUCGGAGAGUUUGGAACUUGAGGAUAAAGUUAUUGGUGAGGAAACAGCUGUUGAAGAACAUUUCUCUCAUCACACAACUUUAAUUCCUAUCCAUCACUUGGAUGUUAAAUUGAAUAAUGGAGGUGAAGCAACACCAAUUGAUGAAUAUGAUGUCACCUCAACCGAAUCCUUCUCCGAUGCUGCAAUGACAUCAAGUAUUACAUCAUCAAAUAACAAUUUGGAUGAUACUAAUUCUUUGGAUUCUCCUACCUUGUUUCCGAGUGGUGAAGAUGGAAUCUCACAUCAUGAAAAUGAUAUGGCUGGAUUGAAUGAAAAGACGAAACAAAAGAACUUUUUAAAGAAUGUUUUGAAGAAUUACAUUCAUGUUAAACAAUUAACCGGUGGAACAACCAACAGACUCUUUCUUGUAAAAUUUGUACAUAGAGAACAUGAUAAGAGUUCUUUGGAUUAUCCACAAAAGGUUCUAGUUCGUUGCUUUGGUGAAAAUUCAGAGAAUUUGAUUGAUCGUAAAGCUGAAUUCCACUAUAUUCAACAAAUUUCAACACUCUAUAACGAUCUUGCCCCUAGAAUUUAUGCCACCUUUGAGAAUGGAAUGAUCUACAAGUACUAUGAGGGUGGAGGUUUAGAUGAGCUAGGAGGUGCCAGAAAGCACUAUAUUGAAAUUGCAAAACUCAUGAAGAGUAUUCACUCUAUUACUGUUAAACCAUUUGCAGAGGAGACUCAUUAUCAUGACUUGCAAGCUAGACCUGUGAUUUUCGAGAGAACUUUCCGUUGGUUAGCUCUCUUGAAGCACAAUAGAGACGAGUUUAACAAGAGAGGAGGAGACAAGCUAUCACCAAAUUCACCUCUCAAUAUGGACAAGAUUGAGGAAGAAGUGAAACUUAUUGAAUCUUUGUGCAAGGAUUUUCCAGUUAAAUUCUGUCACAACGACCUCGGCGCUCACAAUAUUAUUCUCAAUGAGAAAGAGUCCUCCUACCACACAAUUGAUUUUGAAUAUUGUGCUUACAAUUAUGCUGCCUUUGAUAUUGGAAAUUUCUUUUGUGAAUUUGGUGGAUUGUGUAUUUUACCUGAAGCUUACCCAACAUAUGAUGAGCAAAUUAACUUUUUCAAGACUUACUACUCUGAUUGUGAAAAUGUUACAGAAGAAUUAAUUGAAAAGAGUAGAAGACAAGCUCUUGUCAUGUCUAUGGUCAGUAAUUUGCAUUGGUCUGUUUGGAGUAUGCUUCAAUCCAUGUUUUCCAAGAUUGAUUUCGACUAUCUCAACUAUGCUGAAAGAAGAAUGACUUGGUACUAUGAAAUGAGAGAUGCCACUCUCGCCCUAAUUCAAUAA